CUGCAUUUGCGCAGACCUGCGCAGCAUCAGCGCUCCUGAACACUCCCCUCUGUCGCAGGAGUUACGUCAUCAAUGUUGGCGGUAUUUUGAAAAGGAAGCGUCUGUUGUAGUUCGCGUCGUGGAGAAAAAAAACAAGUAAAAAUACUAAUUAUGGCUGAAGAGAAGCUCGGCGACCAGGCGCCAGCAGAGAUGUCAGAGGCCGCUCGGAGUGAGCUGAUGGACAUGUGUGAGGAUCAGUUUGCCCAGCUGGAAAAGCUGCAGAAUGAGAUUAUACUGUCUGAACCAGAUUUCUGUGUUAAUCCGCAAGAGCAGUCAGUGAAUCGACUGAUGGCAACAGAAGCUGAAUUGAAGCAGUGGCUGACAGUAGAGCCGAAAUUGUUGGCAGCAAAUUCAGAAGUUUUACUUCAAGCUGGAAAAGAGGAGAUGCUCAAGUUGUGCUCUGAACUUGAGAUGGUUGUUUCUUGCUAUGAAGCAAAGAGAGACAAACUGAGAGAAACCAAAGAACUUGAACAGAAGUGGCUGGAGGAGAAGAAACAGGUGCUCGUGGCUGCCGGUGAUCACAUCGAACGACUUAAAAUGGAACAGGAGAAAUUAUCAGAGCUUAGUGUGUUGCAGGACACCAAGGUGAAAAUCCAGAAGAUGAAGGUCUACGAGGAAAGGUUGAUGGAGUGUCUGGGGGACAUACUGGAAAAGCAUGUCCCUCACCCUCAGAAUGGAUCCAAUGCAAACAAGAAGAAGAAGAACACCACACAGGAGUUAGACGAAGACUUGAUUUCACUUAAUGAAAUUCUUGAGCUUCUCAUGAACAAGGUCCUGACCACACCACACGACCCUUACGUGACGAUAGACAACACAUUCUGGCCACCAUACAUAGAGAUGCUGCUCCGUUAUGGUAUUGCAGUGAGGCACCAAGAGAAUAACUUCAAGAUCCGCCUGGAAACCUUUUGUUAAGACAGUGGCGCAUUAGGCACCACUUAAGUGCUCGUGUUUCUAACUUGAGUCUGCUUGUAAAGUGCUAUCAUUAUAUUUAUGUAAGGUGAUAUGGGGACCAACUGCUGGGAAAGCAAUGAGACAAAUGAUUCACUGUAAUAUAUGUAUAUCACUAUAUGAUUUUACAGACAUUUUUUGGCUAAGAAUUGUUUUGUAUGCAAAGUUACCAUGGGUCCUGUUUAAAAAGUCUGAGAAUACCUUAUAUUAAGUGAGUAUUCAAACCUUUUAGAAAUAUAUUUUAACUGUUUGGACAAUGUAAUGUUGAUUUCAUGAAAAUUCAUUAAUACUUGUUGAAAGUGAAGGUUUUCUCUUAACUUCAUAUUUCCUUCCUCUAUCUCAAUAAGCAAUGUUUAAUCAGCAGUGAGUGAUGUAUGUUAUCAUGUAUCCAUAUUCUUUAAAUCUGACGUUCAAUUUCAUUUUAAGUUAUUCAGUUUCUUAAAAGUUUACUCUCUGGUGCCUUCACAUAUCCCAUUGCAGUCCUGUAUAUAUGUAGAUUUUGUUUUUGUUUUUUUGUUUGUUUGUACAUAUUUUUCUUCAUGUUCAAUAAACCUGAAAGUGCA